UGCUUAGAUUAUAAGGAAAACUGGAAAAGGCAAAAGACGAACGAGAAAGACGCGUGGGAUUUAUUUGUUCGGAGGAUAUGCCGCCGGCAAGGAUUCUCGUGGUUGCGGCGCUGCUUUUGACGGCGGCGGCGGUGGGGGCCGAAGGGGAGGGAUUGGUGCUAAGUCUGGAAAGGGCGAAUCACAUCGGGUUGGGGGUGAGUCAACUCAGGGAGCGUGACCGAGUUAGACACGGUAGAUUCCUGCAGCAGCAGCAGCACCAGGCUUUGGGGAUUGUUGAUUUCCCCGUUCAAGGAACAUAUGAUCCAUAUCUUGUUGGGUUAUACUUCACAAGAGUUAAAUUGGGGAAUCCUCCAAAAGAAUUCUUUGUACAGAUAGACACAGGAAGUAAUGUUCUAUGGGUCAGUUGCAAUCCUUGUGCCGGUUGCCCCAAAUCCAGUGGACUCCAAAUAGAGCUCGAGUUUUUUGAUCCUUCCAGCUCGUCAACAGCUUCUCUAAUCUCAUGUUCAGAUCAAAGGUGUGGUUUGGGAGUUCAAACGUCUGAUGCUGGUUGUUCAGAUCAAAAUCGGUGUGGAUACACAUUCCAUUGUAGCACGUCACAGUCAGGAGACCUUACGAAACCUGAUAGGGCUGUUGAUGGCAUAUUUGGUUUUGGGCAGCAAGGAUUAUCUGUCAUCUCACAGCUUUCUUCACAGGGGAUAACCCCAAAUGCUUUCUCUCACUGUCUAAAAGGAGAAGAUGGUGGUGGUGGUAUAUUGGUGCUUGGUGAAAUAGUCGAGCCUAAUAUAGUUUACACCCCGCUUGUCCCCUCACAGCCACAUUACAACGUAUAUCUACAAAGCAUUGCUGUAAAUGGGCAAACAUUAAACAUUGAUUCAUCAGUCUUUUCGACAUCGUCCAACCAAGGAACGAUAAUUGAUUCGGGAACAACUUUGGCUUACCUAGCUGAAGAGGCUUACGAUACCUUUGUUUCUGCAAUUACACAAUCUGUUUCUCAAUCUGUGCGCCCUCUUCUAGUUAAAGGAAAUCAGUGUUACCUAGCAACUUCCAGUGUCUCGGAGAUUUUUCCACCAGUUAGUUUAAACUUUGCUGGUGGCGCAUCUAUGAUACUUAGGCCCCAAGACUAUCUUCUGCAGCAAAAUACUGUCGGAGGCGCUGCUGUGUGGUGCAUUGGCAUUCAGAAAAUUGAGGGUCAAGGGAUUACAAUUCUAGGAGAUCUUGUUCUGAAAGAUAAGAUCGUGGUGUAUGAUUUGGCUGGUCAAAGAAUUGGAUGGGCCAAUUAUGACUGUUCAUCAUCUGUGAAUGUCUCAACCACCACAAGCACAGGUAGAACCGAGUUUUUCAAUGCGGGACAACUAGAAAAAAACAACUCAUUAUAUCACGGGCUUCACAAGCUAAUACAAGGUUCCAUCCUAGCUUUGCUGUUGCAUUUAGCAUUCUUUGGUGUACUUCCAUUCUUGUGACGGCUAAUUCAUUGAUUGGCAGAGGUCUUGUAAAUUUGUCCUUUUCAUUCGUUUUGCCUUUUUUUUUUUCUGUUUUCUUUGUUCUUUUGGGGUUUUUUUUGCCCCCUUCAUUUUCCACCAUUUUUGUUUAGCUCCUUGUUUUUAAAAAGCCAAUUCAAUGGGGGCAUUUGUAUACUAGAUCAUAAAAUCGUCUCGAUUGAGGCCUAUAUUUCAUUGGUUAGCAUAGAGAACUACAUGUAAGUGUACAAAAUGUCUUAUAAUAUUCGUCCCAUAUGAAUGGAACGGGUAUUGUGUGUAUCUUUAGUAAAAGACAACCAAUAUCAUCAGGAGCACACUUUUAUAUGAUUAUGGUUUCUGUUCAUUCAUCUUCGAAGCUUUUGUCAAUAGCUGGGGAUAUGUGGCAUUGUGAUUCAUUCUGUAAUAUUAAUGUGGCUUGUGCUGUUAUUACCUUGUGGCCCCUCUCCUUCUGUUGGUAUACUUGUAACAUUAUGAGA